AUGGGCAUAAAUAGAAAACAAUUAUCAAAUGCAUUAAGAUAUAUUGGUGUUGGUGUUAAGAGAAUACCAAGAGUAAUAAAAGAAUUAAAGAGAAAAGGAUUUCACUUUUUUGGAUUGGUAAUACCAAUUAUAUAUUUACUAGGAUUACAUUAUACAACAUUUUUCACAACACAAGUUGGAGUUUGGAUUUUAGGUACAAUCAGUUUAUUAUAUUUUAUUUGGGAACAAAUGAGAUUGAAUAUUCCAGCAAUGCAAGAGUUUUGUGUCAAAAUGUAUGGUGGAAUGAUGAGAGAAAAAGAAAAGGAUAGAAUGAAUGGCGUGUUUUUUUAUUUAUUAGGUAGCACUAUAUGUGUUUAUUUUUUCCAUCCAUUAAUAGCAGUUUCAAGUAUGUUAUUUUUAAUUAUUGGUGAUUUCACUGCAGCUUUGGUUGGUAUUUCUUAUGGUAGAACAAAGAUUGGUAAUAAAUCUUUGGAAGGCUCAAUUGCAAUGUUUUCAGUUUGUUGGAUCCUUUCAUAUAUCACUUUUUUCAAUCAAAACUUGGCUGAACAUAUUUCAUUUUGGGGCGCAAUAAGUGCUACACUUAUUGAACUUUUUAAUCCUUCUUGGAUUGAUGAUAAUUUAACAAUUCCAAUUUUAAGCGCAAUAAUAAUGAAAUAUAUGACCGCUAGAUUUGGUGUUGACCUUCCAAUUUAUAAUAAUUAUGUUUAG